GCCCUCAAACAGCGAGUCUGCAGCGGUGCUGACUUGAGACCGGUCUCUACCUGACCGGAGUCACGCUGUGUGUGUCCGUCAGGGGUUUUUGGGAGCAGGAGUCACGAGUCAGUCAUGGCCGUGGCGUCAUGAAAUAUGAAUCAUCCUCCACCGAAACAUUGAGGAAGUGACAGACAAACAUCAGCUGUGGAGCAUGCUGUGUGUUGUGAGGGGAAGAUCGGCUGUUAUAAUGGCGCCCUGUCACCGCUGACUGACACCGGGAGCCGGGGUUCUGCUGGUGUUUUCCGCAGGGUUUCUGCAGGAGUGUGUCCCCAGCUGCCACUGAGCUGCAGGUGUGAAUAUUCAUCCAUCCCUCCAGCCUCAUGGCAAAGAUGAGCUGGGCUGCUGGUACUCAGUGUGUGGCUAAGGGAGAUCACAGGAAGCCAAAGCCUGAAGAGCUGUGUUAUCACAAAGGGGACAUCCUCACCAUCACCCACAACAGCACGAAGGGGUUCUACAGAGCCAGACACAACUCCAGCGGAGAGGAAGGACUCAUCAACUCCACAAACGUCCGUGAGAGAGAAGCUCUGCGAGUCGACCCCGGACUCAGCUUCAUGCCUUGGUUCCACGGGAAGAUUUCGGGUCCAGAGGCGGUUUGUAAGCUGCAGCCGGCAGAGGACGGGCUGUUUCUGGUCCGAGAGUCCAUCCGCCACCCAGGAGACUACGUCCUGUGUGUGAGUGUCUCCAGAGACGUUGUCCACUACCGAGUCAUAUACCAGGACAACAAGCUGACCAUCGACAACACACAGUUCUUCUACAACCUCAUCGACAUGAUCGAGUUUUACUCGAGGAACAAAGGCUCGAUCGCCACGACUCUCCUGAAGCCAAAACAAAAACACGGAACCAAGUCCGCUGAACUGGAGCUGUCCAAAAGCGGAUGGCUGCUGGACAUUACGAAGCUCAAACUGGGAGAAAAUAUUGGAGAAGGGGAGUUUGGAGCUGUGUAUGAAGGAGAGUAUUUGGGCCAGCAGGUGGCGGUAAAGACCAUCAAAUGUGACGUGACGGCUCAGGCCUUCCUGCAGGAAACCACCGUCAUGACGAAGCUGCAGCAUAAGAACCUGGUGCGCCUGUUGGGGGUGAUGCUCCACAAAGGGCUUCACAUCGUCACAGAGCUCAUGGCUAAGGGGAACCUUGUGAACUUCCUGAGGACUCGAGGACGAUCGGUGGUGAACUCAGUUCAGCUGCUGCACUUCGCUCUGGAUGUGUGUGAGGGGAUGGAGUACCUGGAGUCCAAGAAGUUGAUCCACAGAGAUUUGGCGGCUCGUAACGUCCUGGUUUCUGACGACUGCGUGGCUAAAGUCAGCGACUUCGGGCUGACGAAGGUGGUCUCCAAGGCCAAGUCCGAUAACGCCAAACUGCCCGUCAAAUGGACGGCGCCCGAGGCUCUGAAGAAAGAGAAAUUCUCAACAAAGUCGGAUGUAUGGAGCUACGGCGUUCUCCUGUGGGAGAUCUUCUCCUACGGUCGGCAACCUUAUCCUAAGAUGUCUCUGAAGGAGGUGAAGGAUACGGUGGAGGGAGGAUAUCGCAUGGAGGCUCCGGAGGACUGCCCCCCCGCCCUGUACUCCCUGAUGAGGCUGUGCUGGGAGCAGGAGCCCCGCAGGAGGCCGGCCUUCAACAAACUGAGGGAGAAACUGGAGAGGGAGGCAGGGAAACACAGCGGGGGGGAGGGGGGCUCCUCUGCAUCUGGAUCCUGAUGUUGAACUCACAAUGAGAGGAAAUACAGGUGUCUGAUGGAGCGGUACACACACACACUGCUCCUGUGUUUGUGUGCUGGAGAAACAUCUGGAUUCUAUCGGACGCAACCAGACAAUGUAGCGCCGAAUACUAAACUCUGCUUUACUGUGGGGUUAACAAAAAGCCAAAAGGUAUUUAAUGUCAGGAAGCGAUGUCUGAAAAAGAUUAAACAUAUGUGUCUGGGGGAAAAAAAGUUGAUCCUGGAUUUAAUCCCAGAUCAUCCAAAUCUUCUUACAUCCCGGCAUUAACGCUCAACAAUACGAGACGGACUCAGGGCUUAAUAUGGAAAAUAUUUCAUGUUAUUGCUGAUUUACUGUGAGAAAAUAAUUGUAUUGGUAUUCUAAAAAGACAACAGCUUUUGCAGAGAAGAUCCAGAGGUUUGAUUUACAGACACUCUGUAUGAUUUGUAUUAAUUCAUGCUUACUGAACAGGCCUCAGCGCCUUCAACAGCACAAUGUCACUAAAAAGAGACACGCACCGAUCAGGAAGAGACUUAAAAUGACUGCGGGGAGUCACAAAAUAACUACAAAGACGUGAACAACAAACGUUAGAUAUAAAAAGGCCAAGCAAAGUCGCAAACUGACAACUAAGAUAUGCAAUAUUACCACAAUGACACACAAAAGGACCACAACGAGACACAAAAUGACUAUAAAGAGAGAUUAUAUUAUCCGAGAGAACAGAAAAUGGCAAGAAACGCAAAAACGUCUCAAAGAUACACAAAAGGACCAUGAAGAGACACAAAAUGACUUGAAAGACUCACAAAAACCCUCUAUGACAUACAAAAAUAGCACAAAGAGACACAAAAUGACUUCCAAGACUCACAAAAACACUUCAAAAAGAUACACAAAGACUCAAAUGAGACACAAAACAACCACAAUGAAAUACAAUAAUAGCACAAAGAGACUGAAAAUGACACCAAAGAAUCACAAAGACACUUCAAAAGACCCACAAAGACUAUGACACACAAAAUAACCACAGGGACAUAGAAAAAGACUAUAGAGAUCCAAAAUGACCUCAAAGAGACACAACAGGACAACAAAAAGGCAAAACAACAAAAGAUGACAAAGAUAACCACCAUGACCUUCAGCUGACUUGUUAACCAGAGAUUCAGCCGGUCAGCAGACUUCGAUUCAAUGCAUCCAAAUGUAAUUUAUUUUAUAAGAAUAAAUCUGCCUCUCUUUGGGGUUUUCAGAUUACCACAGGGACUUCUCCAGGGAUCUUGUUUUGUUUUUUUUUAAAUGCAGGUACUGAAUGUUUUAUUCUUAAUCUUUGAAAUGCACAUGAUUAUUUUACACAUACAGUUAUAUAAUGUAUUUAUGAAUGUUUCACCGUAUGAGUAGUCGGCUGUUUUUUUAAUAGAAAUACAAUGAAAUGUUGGUCUUUCUACACGACAUGAAGCCUCUGUUGUUGUCACGUCAGAAGUGAAAUUAAAGAUGUUUUUUUACUAAGCCUGGUAUUUGUCCCGGGAGACGGACCCCCAAAUGAAUGCCUGAUCCUCCUAAAUCUGCUUGCAGUUUCCAUGAAGCUCUAAUGGGAUGAGCAGCAAUUUCCCCUCUUUAAAAUGUUUACAAAAAAACAAUAAUAAUGAAAGAUUUCAAGGAUUUUAUUCCUGAAUACCACUGGUUAUUUUCCAGCUUUUUAUAGCCCUGAUGCAGGAAUACGUUCACCAAUGCUGCGUUCAUGUGCACUUCACAAACGCGUACAGUCUCUCUGACUUCUGUGUGUUAAUCAGAAGAAAUAAAAUGCACUAAAAAUAUGUGUUUUUAUUGCUCUAUG